CUAAAACUAAAACUCCGAAUCAGAAGCUGCUAAUCCGUUUAAAAGGCUUUGUUUCGUUCGAAAUGGACGUGCCGCCUAGUUCCGGAGCGUAUCGUAUCGGACUGGAUGAAUCGUAUCGGCCUCUGCCUUCUCUGUACUUGGCCUUCUUGUCCAUUUGGUUGGUCUCCGCUUGUUCUUGGACAGUGAACACCUACAAAAACCGCCAUUUUCAGACGAAUAAUUUGCAGUGGAUGCUCGCGUCUGUUCCGUUGAUUAAAGCGUUGCAACUCACCUUGUCUUUUCUCUUCUGGUAUUCAUGCUUUAAUCUUCAGGUAUGCUCUUUGUGGAUGUCAUUUGGGGUCUAUGUAACUGGAGUGUUCUUUCAGACAGCUUGUUUUGUGUCCUUUUUGCUCAUUUCUCAUGGUUACUGCAUCAUGUGUGAGCAUCUUUCUAUAACUGAGCGUCGUACUACAGCUGCUCUUGGGUGUGUCUUUUACUUGACUCUUGUUGGUUACAGAGCUUCUGUACCUUACUUCACAGUGCUUCUGCUGCUUAAUUAUUUUACAUCAUUCUAUGUGAUUUUCCACCAUAUAUCCCAAAAUCUCUCAGUAUUGAGGGAACAAUUGAGUUACAUAGAGGAUGAGGAUGUUCAUGCCCUGCAUGAUUCAGUGUAUGCAAAGUACAUGAUGUUCAAGAAAUUUCAAGCUGCAAUGCAGGUGGUAGCUAUGGCUGAAAGUGUGAUAUACAUUAACAUGGAUGACUCAUCAGAAACUUACUGGCUUCGCUUGCUAGUUCGAGAAUGGGCACAAUUCUCCAUCUUUAUGUACAUUGGGUGGACUUUCAGGUCACAAGACUUGACACAACGUUUCUCUGUUAUGCCAAGUUUGAAGUCUAAAGGGCAAAAUGUGGUGCCUCCCAUCUAUAGUAUUGAAAUGGAUGCAGCAACUUUCAAAGAUUUUAGCAGUCAUCCAUGGCACAUUGGGGUGCCAACUUCUCCUUCAUGCGAUAGCUCUAAAGAUGCGAUUCUAGUAAUAGUUCAAUACCCCCAUGCAUAUAGUCUGACAGCGCCUGAUGCUUCUGCAAGCCGAGCUGGUGUUGUAACUUCUCUGACAGAUCCAUUUUCAUGCAAGAUAUAACCAGCAAAAUUAUUCUAUAGAAUAGAUAAUAGCAGCAUGCUAGCCGAUGCCUAUUCAAAUGAUAUUGUAAGUGGUCUAGCGGAAGGUUUUAUUUUUAUUUUCAAGCUCUACACAGUUUUUUUUCUCUUUACAAAAAUUCAAAUGAUAUUGUAAGUGGUCUAGCAGAAGGGCUACAAUUGCUGAAAUUUUACUUCAACUUUGAGAUGUAUUAUAAUGCAAUUUGAGGAGAUAGAAAAAUUUUGGAGUAGUUCUAUGUAAUAUUGAAUUUUCUAUUCACCUUUUCAUCCAA